AUGGGUUUUCUUGAUGGGGAGUUCUUUUGCUGGAGUGAUUCAUCAGUGGUACUCUCAUGGAUCAAGGAUGAUCCAUACAAGUUCAACGUUUUUGUGGCAAAUCGCGUAGCGUCUAUUCAGGAUCUUACCGUCAACAUGAAAUGGCAACAUGUUCCCACGGCUUUGAACCCUGCCAACGUACUCUCCAGAGGUACAACUCCAGAAUGUUUAGCAGAGUCCAAGAUAUGGUUUCAUGGACCGGAGUUUCUUGUUGAAAAUCGAGAUGAAUGGCCUUCACAACGCUGCUUAGAGUCGUCAACGUUGGAAAUCCGUAGUAAGGUCAUGAUAGCCACGUCUCCGUAUGAUGAUAUCACCUUAACACGUCUCAACGUGGUAGAUGUCAACAAAGGCACAUGGCUGCUACUGCGAAUGGUGCAGUUGUCAAAUUUAUGGAGUGAUGUCAAGGAGAUUCGUUCGAAAGGCUUCGUCAAGAAAUCGAGUUCAAUCGCUUCUUUGUUGCCGUUCAUCGACCAAUUUGGACUUCUGCGUGUUGGCGGUCGGCUAGCCAAUUCAACUCUUCCCUACGAUGCUCGCCAUCCUAUUAUAUUACAUCGACGGCAUCCCAUUACGUUGGCAUUCAUCGCUCAGCAUCACAAAAAGAAUCUUCACGUUGCAGCUAGAGCAUUAUUAGCAAAGAUUCGGUUACAAUAUUGGCCGAUUGGCGGACUGCGAACUGUGUCGAAGGUUGUUCGCAAUUGCAUCGAAUGCUUCCGGGCCAAGCCCACUGUGCUCGAACCAAUUAUGGCCAGCCUUCCGAAGGAACGCUUUCUGAAUUCUCGUGCCUUUGCAAUAAGAGGAGUGGACUACUGCGGGCCGUUUUACUAUAAAUCUGAAGUUCGGAACAGACCUCCAAUCAAAUGCUACAUCAGCGUAUUCAUCUGCUUUGCUAGCAAGGCGAUUCAUCUGGAGUUGGUGAAGGAUUUGACAACUGCCGCCUUUCUGGGAGAUUCGUGUCACUUCGUGGGAGGCCUAAUCAGAUUUGGUCCGAUAAUGCGACUAACUUUGUCGGGGCCAAAAAUGAACUUCAUGAUGUCAAGAAACUUCUCUUCAGCGAUCCUCAUAAGGAGUCAUGUGUGCCUGAUGGACAACAUCGAGUGGAAAUUUAUUCCUACUCGUUCCCCACAUUUUGGUGGACUAUGGGAAGCAGCAGUCAAGAGCGCAAAGCACCAUCUGUAUCGCUCUGUUGGUCGCUCUAUUCUCAACUACGAUGAGCUUCGCACGCUGGUUUGCCAAAUAGCGGCAAUAAUUAAUAAAAAUCCUGACGAUUUGGAUGUGCUGACUCCCGCUCAUCUAUUGUUUGGUGGUCCUCCAACCGUGAUUCUGGAGCCCGACCUAACUACGUUGGACUACAAUCGGCUGGAUGGUUGGCACCGUGUCACUCAACUGCAGCAGGUCUUCUGA